AUGCUGAUAUCUCCACAAAUACUGAUGCGACCCAAUAGCGGCCUGCGCUGGAACGAUCGACUGGUUGCCACCAAGGCCAUGCAGGAGUUGCAACCCGUGCCCCGUGCCGGUUACGGCCCGGCCGUCGAUGACGCGACGCUGCGCCAGACCCUGUACAACGACCUGCGCACCAACUUUCACCCCAGCAGCACGACGGCCAUGCUGCCGCGCAACCACGGCGGUGUUGUCGACAACCAGCUGCGUGUGUACGGCGUGCAGGGCCUGCGCGUUGUCGAUGCUAGUGUCUUCCCCACGAUUCCCGGCGGUCAUCUCCAGGCUGCCGUCUAUGCCACCGCCGAAAAGGCAGCCGAUCUUAUCCGUGGAUCCCAGAGCGAUGCCUCCCAGAGCUGUACUACCCAGAGUGGUACCACCCAGGGCAAAACCUCCCAGAGCUGGACCAAUAACACCUCUGUCAUCAACAACAGCCACGCUGGCGAUCUUGUCGGAGAUGUCGACGGUGUCGCCAGCCGUGCCAUGAUCCCGUGCGACCUUCUUGGAGUUGACCUCGUAGCUCCCAGUUUAGCCACGGAUAUCGAACCAAUCCACAAGAUCCAUGCUAAAGGCGACAGAAAAGCAUCGAGUCCCGCGCCCAGCUACGAGGACGAUAGCGCGAAUGGUAGAGAAUACGAGAUUGAGGAACUCCUCGACCACCGCAUGGCUAAUGACGGAAGCGGUGCCGUAGAACUUCUUAUUCUGUGGGCCGGCGAGAAGAAGGAAGACGCUACCUGGGAGCCCGAAGACGAGAUCCAGAGAGAUGCUGAAGAGAGCCUCUACAAGUACUGGGAAUCACAAGGCGGCCGGGUCAAUGCUCUAUUCAGGCAGCCUAGUAAUGCUCGGGACGACUCAUACUAUGUGCUCAAGCUGCUACGGCAUGACCGGGCCCCUCAAGGAGGUAUCCAGUUCGAGGUGCAGUGGGUUGGGCACCGUUCCACGCCAGAUGAAACGUCAAUGGAGCACGAGUCCAAGCUCAUGAGGGUUGCGCCCGAGCUGUUGCAGGAAUACUGGGACGGUGUUGGGGGCCGCGAACAUUACGCCUUGAAACGCGGUCGGCCCAGAAAGCCACGAACCGCAGUGAAUUAA